AUGAAUAUCAACCAAUGGAUCGAGAGCUUAGAGCAAGCGGUUCCGCCCAACGAAUCACCUCUGCCCACUGACCAACCUCAUGCACCUCUCAAGCGUGGGCAAGGCUCCAGGACAAGCUCCUUGCUGGAGCCAUUUACCUAUCAGAAAAAGCGAGGUACAAAAGACAAACAGCCAAUUGUCUACGUCAACUCAUCAAGUUCGGAUACAAGCCGCACCACUUCAACAUCCACAUCUUCUCGCCGAACCUCGCAGCCAUCCUCCUCAUCCAGUAAAAGGUAUCGAAAGAGGCCACGCUAUCAUACAAAAGCAGACAAAUACCAUUCUAAGUCAGAAUCAAAACCACGACAGAAGCGAGAAAAGACGAAGAAGAAGAAGAAAGACAAGGAGAAGGGGCGUAGUCGCCGCAACAAGCGCAAGAGCAAAGCAGUGACGGGCGUGGUUCAAACUUUCAAAGCCAAGAAUGUUCCUAAGGAUCGACUUACGCUUGACCCUGGCACGAGAUUCGGGUUGUAUACCAAAGGUCGUUCGUCAGGUCCUACUAAGGGCAAAGGCUUACCAGAUCUGGUCUUCUCCGAAAUGAGGUUCCUACAAAAGCCUGAAUCGCCAACAAAGGAGGAGCCUGAUCGAAGGCCCAAGAAGAAGUCACAGAAGAAGAAAGGUCGUCAACUAUCCGAAAGAGAGAUCUCGAAGUAUUUCGAUGUGGACGCAACACGGUCUGGCGAUGAUAACACUGGCGAGCGUCGACAUACACCACCCCUUGACACAUCGAGAGUCUUAAGAGAUGUACAGACAGCAUCUCCAGUGAUAUCGGUACUCCUCGAAAAGCCUUUUCUGGGAUUUGGAAGCAGAGGCUCACAUCCGCCGACAACGAGCUACUAUAGCUGGUCGGAGUCUGUAAAAGGAAGCUCAGCACGAAUGGCACAUUUCGUUCAGGAUCUUGAGCCUUUAGCUGUGGGCCAGCUCCAAAGUGGUCGAGCCCAGCAACGGAUGGAAGCCGUCGUCCUUGAGCAAGACACGGCUCAGCAUCGAUCUGCAGAGCGAAUGAUUCCUGGACAACACAACCAAAAUCAGGAUCUGAUAUACGAACCUGCUCAAGAGAUCAGCCAAAUCACUCGCUUGCCAGUCAAGCACCAAAUCGACCAAGGAGCCGAUACUGAGACAAAGCCGAUGACCAUCUCUGAAAAGCAUGAGAACUCUGCACCUGCUGCUACAACCCUCGUCCAUCAGAGCGAAAGACUACGGCACAGCGCAAAGAGAACCUUUUCAGCUGAUAAAGCGAUGCCAACUAGACCUACAGCUAACGACAACGAGCGUUGCCGUACUGAGCCAACACAACCAGAACUCAAAGUCAAUCCUGUUAAGCAGUAUUCAGAACCUUGGGAAGAGCUGCUACAAAGCUGUGAACUCGCAGCUCGGCCUCCGGUUCUCACCUAUUACGAUGAGGACCUGCCCCAAUAUAACCCACCUGCUAUCAGCAGACAGCGCCCGCUUGAUAACUACAGUCACGCUGGCCCUCCACUCUGGAGGGCAGAUGUUAAUCAUCUCACAGAGUAUGGCUUUCCAAACAGCACAGCUUUUAUGAGCGAACAGGUGCAUUGGACCCAACCCGUGGCAACUGAAUAUCAUGACGACACUGCCCCAUUCUUAGAAGAGAUGAUGGAUGAAGCUUCGGAGUCUCUAGAUUCACAAGAGGAUCAUGAGCUGACGAAGGAAGAUGCUUUAGAGUGGGAUAUCGAUGAUGCUGAACGAUACGAUGAGAUACAGGACAAUCAGAUUCGAGAUGGCGAGACCAUGGAUGACUUUUCUGUGUUCUGGCAGCCGAACAGGUUAUAUUGA